AUGGAAAGUCUGGCUCGUUUGACACCUUUAUAUCCAGAUCGCGCUCUAAUUGUUGCAGUGACGGGCGCUGCUGGUCAAAUCGCGUACUCGCUUCUUCCGCUUCUCGCGUCGGGUACGGUGUUCGGGCCUCAGCAGCGGAUCAAGCUCCAACUGCUCGACGUGCCCGCAGCAGAGAGCGUUUUAAAAGGCGUCUGUUGUGAGCUUGAGGAUGGCGCGUAUCCGCUUCUUGAUCAUCCGGUGCUGUACACGUCCGUUGCUGAUGAGGCUUUUGCCGGUGCAGACAUUGUUGUGCUGCUUGGAUCGUUUCCUCGCAAGCCCGGUAUGGAGCGGAAAGACUUGUUGGCGAAAAACGGUACCAUCUUUCGUGAUCAGGGGCAAGCUCUGAAUCGCGUCGCUAAAGCGGACGCGCACGUGAUUGUUGUGGGCAAUCCCGCCAACACGAAUGCCUGGACGCUUUCGCAGUUUUGCACGAAAAUCCCGAAGGAGCACAUCACCGCGCUCGCCCGGCUUGAUCACAACCGCUUAAAGUCACUGGUCGCGAGGAAACUCGACUCUGCGGUAUCGGACGUCCACAAUGUGAUUAUUUGGGGCAACCACUCAGCGACGCAAUACCCGGACGUGACCUAUGCCUAUACCCCGCAGAUUGUACAAGGAAAGAUGCGGGCGGCACUCGGAGGCGAUUCGCAGCUCGCUUCGGAAGUGAUUCCUUUGAUUCAAAAGCGUGGUGCUGAGGUACUUGCGCUUCGCAAGCUGAGCAGUGCCAUGUCGGCGGCGAAGGCCAUCGGCGACCAUCUGCGCGACUGGAUGUUUGGCACCCAAACGGAAAACGAGAUCGUCAGUAUGAUUGUGCCUUCGGAUGGGAGCUAUGGUAUCGACAAAGGUCUGAUGUUCGCGUUCCCGGUCCAGUGUCAUCGUGGUGGCAAAUAUAGAAUAGUUUCGGAUCUUCGUAUCGACGAUUUCAGCCGCAAAUACAUUGAGACAACGCUUGCUGAGCUGCGCAGUGAACGCGAAGAGGCCAUGCGCCUGGUCUCUAAGAUGUGUUGA